AUGGGGGACUGGAACUUGUUGGGGAACCUGCUGGAGAGUGCCCAGGAACACUCCACCGUGGUGGGCAAAGUCUGGCUGACAGUGCUGUUCAUCUUCCGCAUCCUGGUGUUGGGUGCUGCCGCUGAGAAGGUGUGGGGCGGUGAGCAGUCUGGCUUCAUGUGUGACACCAAGCAGCCCGGUUGUCAGAACGUCUGCUAUGAUAAGACCUUCCCAAUUUCUCACAUCCGCUUCUGGUCGAUGCAGAUCAUCUUUGUCUCAACGCCAACUCUCAUUUAUCUGGCCCACAUUCUUCAUCUGGUCCGCAUGGAGGAAAAGGAGAAACAGAAAGAGAAGGACUUUGCCAUGCACAGUGAAAAGCACCAGCAGUUACAGGGCACUAAACCCAAGAAGGCCCCAGUUAAAGACAACCUGGGCCAUGUGCGUUUGAAAGGCGCACUGCUGCGAACCUACGUCUUCAACAUUAUUUUCAAGAGCCUGUUCGAAGUGACCUUUAUUGCAGCUCAGUACUUCCUGUAUGGUUUCCAGCUCAAGUCGAUGUACACCUGUGACCGUUGGCCUUGCCCUAAUGUGGUGAACUGCUUCAUCUCUCGACCCACUGAGAAGACGGUCUUCAUAUUCUUCAUGUUGGCUGUGGCCUGUAUCUCCCUGCUGCUCAACUUGGUGGAAAUAUACCAUCUAGGUUUCAAAAAGUGCCACCAGGGCCUUCGUUACAGACGAUCACAGGCUGCAGACGAGGCUCCCAAGGCCCUGACUGAGCCCCAAACUGUAAACUAUAACUACUUUGCUGGUCAUUCCGCAGUGCCUGAACCUUUCCCCACGGACUCCAAGUGCAGCAUGGUAGAACUGAACUCUGCCUACAGCCCCUACAGCCCCCACAACAGCAACGUGGUUUACAAGCAGAACAGAGACAAUAUGGCUGUGGAGAGAAAAGACAAAGUAGGGGAAGAUGAUGUGAAGGAGAGGAACAUCUCCAGCCCUAUCUUUGAGUUGCCCAUUGAAAAUCAGUGCAGAAACAGUCAGUCAAGCAGGCAGAGUAGUAACAAGAGCAGGCUGGAUGACCUGAAUAUCUAAGGAUCUUCUGCAUUUGUAUCUAAGACUCAGGAUCAACAUGCAUUGGCUUGUGAAAAUAUUUGCAUGUGUAUGGUAGACUAUUGGGGACAAAACUA